AUGAGCUCGUCCCUUCCUUCGUUGCCUAGGUCACAUACUUGGAGUACCGCCACCCAUCGCAAGGAAAGCCAAGAUGCCAAUUUCCCACCAAUUUCGUCUAGGAACACUCAGGGGUCUACCAGCACGUCCAACCGCAGCGUCGAAGCUUCAGAGAAAUCGCCACCAGCCACACGCGCGAAGAGUGGAAACAUAUCGAUUGAGCAAUCAGUAAGAACGUUUCGCAUUUUCGAAAUUCUACGGAGCGGAGAUACCACUGCAAUAUCAAAGGCCCUCAAGGAUUCCCAGUGCUCCCCAGAAGCUGGCGACCUAUCCGGAACCACCAUCCUACAUCUUGCUGUGCAAUGUGCUGAACCGACGGUGUUUGAGUAUAUUCUGUCAACAGGGGAAAAUGUCGACAUAAAUGCGCGUGACCGAGAUGGCAAUACACCUUUGCAUCUUGCCGCCCAGCUUGGAAGGCAGACGCUGGUGCGGGACCUGCUGAACCAACCCAACAUCAAUGACUCGAUCGUCAACUAUCGUGGUGAGACAGCUCUCGAUGUUGCGAGCACACCAGAUAUUUUUCAACAGCUUCAGCUUGCACGAUCAAUUUUUAUUGAUAACAAGAUACAGGAAAUCCAGUCCCUUGUGUCCCAGGGUGGUUAUGAGGCAUUGGAGAAGCUGUUGGAAGAGCCGCGAGUUGAAGGAAUCUUGGAUGUGAAUAGUUUGGAUUUCGUUACUGAUCGAGUCACGGUACAAACUGGUGGUACUCUGCUACAUGAAGGGGCGAGGAAAAAGGACACAAAACUCAUUCAACUAUUAUUAAUGCACGGGGCAGACCCUUUCCUCCGUGACAGGAAGGGCAAACUGCCACAGGAUGUCACCAAAGAUGACAAGACGCGAGCGAUACUGAAGAAGUCACCUGCUGCGGUUAUGGCUCAACGUGGAGUCCAAGAGAAGGCUAUUCUCGGGAAUACUGGAGGUCAAGGAGCUGGCAGGAUUUCUACUGGUGACCCGCAUCUUGCGGCAAGGGAAACUCGUGAGAUGAAAGGUUAUUUGAAAAAAUGGACCAAUUACACGAGCGGCUACAAGCUACGAUGGUUCGUACUCGAGGAUGGUGUCUUAAGUUACUAUAAGCAUCAAGAUGACGCUGGAUCCGCAUGUCGAGGUGCUAUCAAUAUGAAAAUUGCCAGACUCAGCAUGGACUCCCAGGAUAAGACGCGUUUCGAGAUCCACGGCAAAUCAUCAGUGAAAUAUCAUCUGAAAGCUAAUCAUGUUGCUGAGGCGAAACGCUGGUUUUGGACUUUGAACAAUGCCAUUCGAUGGGCGAAAGAUGAAGCAGAAGAGGAAGAGAGGCGCCAAACAAAGAACGCUGAAGUUCUUCGCCAGGCAAAGAUCGAUCAGAUUGAAGGACGGACUCCGGACACUCUAUCCGAUUCAGCGCCAAUUUGCAUCGCGAAGACUAGUAGCAAAGGCCUGGCGCCUCCAUCUCUCAGUAAGACGGAGAGUAACGCCACGAAAUUUAGCGCACAUCCAUCGCGCACGACAUUGGAGAGCAUGCCUGGAGACGACGAUCCUUCAAUACACGGUUCAUAUGACCCGAGUGCUGCUCAAAGUGAUGUGAAUAGGGCUGUCAGUGCUAAUUUUGAAGCUGAUGAUGAUGAUGAAGAAUAUGGAGACUACGCAUCCAGUCGUGAGGCGCACCCAAUAGAUAAGGACGCUCUGGAUAUCACAGCCCAGGCCGUCAAACUCCAACUUGAACUCCUCGGCAACGUUGCUUCCUCGUUGCAAGCAGAGAAAUCGAAGAACCCGAACACACCUUUGUCCGAUUCAAGGAUCGAAAACGCUAUAGCUACUUACGCUGAAGCCGUGGACAGUCUCAAGAGUCUAAUACACAACCUAUUCCAAUUAUCCCGAGAUAGAGAUGCCUACUGGCAUUCCCGAUUAAAUCGGGAGGAAUAUUUACGUAAAAUGUGGGAGGAGAGUAUGGCAAAAGUAGCACAGGAGCAUGAAGAAUUGCAGUCCAAGAUCGCCGAAUCCGAAGAAAAGCGAAGACGUACAAAACGCGCAUUGAAAGAAGCGUUGGAAAAUACAUCAGGAGUUACAAGCCGCCCAGUCAGCUACAUUGCCCCUGAAAGAGCCAUUGGCUCACCGGGACCGAAAGUCGAUGUCACAGGCGCGGAAACAUUAAGUGAACAAGCAGACGAAGAAGAGAUCACAGGCGCUUCUACUCCGAAGAAGUCGGCCCUCUCUCAAUUCAACGGCAUCUACGACCCUGAAUCAGAUGAGGACGAAUUUUUCGAUGCUAUCGACACGGGAGACAUUCAAGUGGAGGACCGGACGACUGCGGCUGAAGUUCAUCGUGAGAAGGUGUCCGAAGAUGAAGGUUCUGAACUCAGGGUUAUAAAACGCAAUGAAAUAGCACCGUCCUUCAUGGGAUACGAGGACCCUGUGAGGAAAAAACUUGGUAUGGAUUACGAUAACAGACCAAGAAUCUCCUUAUGGGGUAUCCUCAAAUCUAUGAUUGGCAAGGAUAUGACUAGGAUGACUCUUCCGGUUUCUUUCAACGAGCCGACUUCACUACUUCAAAGGGUUGCGGAAGACUUGGAGUACACGGACCUCCUUGAUAUUGCUGCUGAUCGACACGAUUCAUUGGAACGUCUCGUUUAUGUAGCUGCGUUUGCUGCUAGUGAAUAUGCUUCGACAAUCGGCCGUGUCGCAAAGCCAUUUAAUCCUCUUCUCGGCGAGACAUUCGAAUAUGUCAGACCAGACAAGGGGUACCGCUUCUUUAUCGAACAGGUUAGCCACCAUCCCCCGAUUGGUGCAGCCUGGGCUGAAUCGACCAAGUGGGAUUAUUAUGGGGAAUCGGCUCUUAAGUCGAAGUUUUAUGGUAAAUCUUUCGACAUUAAUCUCCUUGGGACGUGGUUCUUGAAGAUGCGUCCUAUCUCAGGGGGAGAAGAACUUUACACCUGGAAGAAAGUUACGUCAUCAGUUAUCGGCAUUAUCACGGGAAAUCCCACAGUUGAUAACUACGGAUUGAUGGAGAUCAAGAACUGGACAACGGGCGAGGUUUGUUAUCUUGACUUCAAACCGAGGGGUUGGAAAGCAUCCUCGGCCUACCAAGUGACCGGGAAGGUUGUAGAUCGGGAUGGCACUCCGAGAUGGAGUAUUGGUGGUCGAUGGAACGACAAAAUAUACGCUCGUCAUACUCCUGGUUUCGAAGCACAGGUAACUGGCCAAGAACCAGAAUCGGCGAAGACAUUCUUGGUAUGGCAAUGUAGCAAUCGCCCGAGUGGGGUUCCAUUUAACUUGACACCCUUUGUUAUCACGCUGAACGCGCUCCCGGCGAAUCUCAAAGGGUAUCUACCUCCUACCGACACAAGGCUUCGUCCUGAUCAACGCGCAAUGGAGGAGGGCAAGUAUGAUUUUGCUGCCGAUGAGAAACACCGGGUCGAAGAGAAACAACGUGCUAAGAGAAGGGAAAGGGAGCAAAAAGGAGAAGAAUAUUCUCCUAAAUGGUUCAGUCGAGGAAAAUGUCCCAUCACAGGCGAAGAGUUUUGGAAUCACACUGGCAACUACUGGAAAUGCAGAGAGGAGCAGGACUGGAGCCGUUGCGAGGAUAUCUUUUAG